UUGUAUAUAGAUAAUAAUAGUUUAAAUACAUUGUCCAUGUUAGUGGUGGAUACUGGGAUUUCAUUACCGUAAUUCGUAUUGGGUCGUUGUUCGGUGGUGGUGCUUGUUUGUCUCCGUUUUAAACACACAAAAAGAUGUAAAUCAUUUAUAUACCGGUAACCCCCGCCGUUGGAAAAGAGGCAUUGUGCGAAUAAAGCCCGAUGUAUUCGAAAGUAGUCAGAAAAAUGUGCAAUUUAACGUGUAAAAAGGCCUCCAUGUUAGUAUGCGGCGGAUUCAUCAUUCUCAUGUUCACGCUCUACGCGCUGUUCUUCAACCACGGCGCCCCGGAGGAUAUCAUGGUGGCCAACAAGGGCUCCCAGGUCAACCCCAAAUUCAAGCACUACCACGAUCGCGAUCCCCAUAAAAUGAACGAGCUUGAGAAGGAAGUGGCGGAAGAGGAGCGCAGGGCCGCCCAACACUGGGACGAGUUCAUCGCCAAGAACGACUUCGUGAAUAUAGGAGAGAUUUACGAUAACUGCGAUGAGAAGGACCGGGUGAUGAUAGGUCGCACCAUCAUGCUACCAACCGUACACUGGGCCGGACUAAAGGGCGUCAAAUCGCGUACCUUCAUCAACAUCACCCUCCACGAGGAACUUACCGGCGGCAAGUUCUUUCUUGAAGUCAAGUAUAAUGGCAAGGACCUGUUCGCCCGCAACUGGGAGCUGUGCACGCUGGAUGAGGAUUAUGAUGACAGGGUGGUCUACUGCCCUUUUCUUGCACAGGACUACUCCUUUGUGAAGGACCGCGACAUCCCGGUGUACCUACCAAAGGGUCGUUACCAGACGAAGGGCUGGAUUACAGACGUGAAUGACGAGAUCGUAGCGUGUGGAUUCUCGGACUUCACCCUUUAAGAGAUGUGAGCCUCGCUCAGGGAAAACGGGACUGUGCAGUGCACACAGGCUAUUAUAGGACUACACUUUCCGUGUUUAUGGACUUUUUCGUUUAAGGAAGUAUUGCAGACGAAAAUGCAGUAAAAGCGGAAAGUUUCGUCAGUGUGUAGCCUAUGCUAAUGUGCACAUGAUUUCAGCCCCGUGUUCACAUAGUGAGGCAAUGUGCGGUCUGAGAAUACCAACAUUACCGAUAAAAUGACCAGUUGCUGGAUCUAAUGACGUCGAAUGUGAUGUCAUUGUCUAAUAUUUGUAUACUAUUAAAAAUAACUAUGGUAUUUUUAUCAUUUAUCAUCUUUGAGAUAUAGUGUGUUUCUUCUCGUAAUUGUUGCGUAAUUCUUGUGUUUUCGAAUCAUAUCGUUACUAUGGCGGAACUUAUUGCGUUUUUAUCAUGACGUGAACAGUGCUGUGUGUGUGCAUCAUGAAAAGAGGUCCAUAAUGACAAUGUUUUUGCAUAUGAGCCUUGUUCUGAGAAAAUUGGGCAAAAUGCAUGCGCGUAAAGUGUCGUCCCAGAUUAGCCUGUGCAGUCCGCACAGACUAAUCAGGGACGACACUUUCCGCUUUAAUGGUAUUUUUCGUUUAAAUGAAGUACCUUUCCAUCGAAAAUCUAGUUUAUGCGAAAGUGUCGUUCCUGAUUAGCCUGUGCGGACUGCACAGGCUUAUCUGGGAUGACACUUUAUGCACAUACAAUAAGCCCAGUUUUAUCAGAACAAGGCUCAUAUAAUGGUUUUAAUAUAAAUCAAUAUGUACGUGUUACCAUUACCACAGUAUCUUAAAUUUGUCUGCAUAUUG